CCCUCUAAACACCCCCCCAAAACAUAAUUAACGGAUGAAUUAUCAAAAGUUCCAAAUGAAAGCCAAUGCAAAGCCCGGAACUUUGAAUGUUCCGUCCCACAAAUAGUGGCAGGAGACAUUAUUUUCUCGGAGUCUUCACAUGCAAAACCAAACCCUCCGCAUUAUUUUUUGUACUUAUGUUCUUAGUCGCCACUCAACCCCACAUUCGUGCUGAGAAAAUACAAUAGAGAAAAACCCAAUAUCGAGAAACAGAGUAACGCUCGAAAACAACAAAGAAGAGAGAGAUAGAGAAGAAAAGCUCGCGUCUUUUUGUUUCGUGGACUUGAAAAUUCUGAAAAAUCUCUUUCUUGCUCCGGCUGGCAAUACUGGGCGUCUCGGUUGCUCCUCCCUCUUUGCGCGUUUUUGAGGUUGAAGACGGCGUCACUCUGGAGCUGCGAGUGAUGGGCGACGAGAAAUCGCCGAUCGCCAUGGGAAGUAGGGAAAGGGAGAGAGAUCGGGAGCUCCUUAUUCCGGUGGCCAAUACCGGGAGCGAUGAGUCGUCCUCCUCGAAGCCCUCUCCUUCCUCUUCGUCUCUGCAGCAGACGGGCCGUGAGACAUUAUACAAAGUUGUUAGGAGUUGGGCUUCAAAAAAGUUUAUGACUGGAUGUGUCAUCCUCUUUCCCAUUAUAAUCACAUUCUAUGUGACAUGGUGGUUCAUACACUUUGUUGAUAGCUUCUUCUCUCCAAUAUAUGCACAACUUGGGAUUGAUAUAUUCGGUCUUGGAUUUGUUACAUCCAUAACUUUCAUCUUCUUGAUUGGGGUGUUCAUGUCAUCAUGGUUGGGUACGUCUGUCCUCAGCCUUGGAGAGUGGUUCAUUAAACGGAUGCCAUUUGUUCGUCACAUUUACAGUGCCUCCAAGCAAAUUAGUGCUGCUAUAUCACCAGAUCAAAACACUCAAGCAUUCAAAGAGGUGGCUAUCAUAAGACAUCCUCGAAUCGGUGAAUAUGCAUUUGGAUUCAUCACUUCAUGCGUUGUUUUGCAGAAUUAUUCUGGGGAGGAAGAGUUGUGCGCUGUUUAUGUCCCCACGAAUCAUCUUUACAUUGGCGAUAUUUUCCUCGUUAAUUCCAGGGACAUCAUCAGACCAAAUCUCUCUGUCCGUGAAGGGAUUGAAAUCGUCGUUUCUGGAGGAAUGUCGAUGCCUCAGAUCCUCUCUGCGCUGGACUCGCGCAUUAUGCCAGUUGAAAGAAGUAGACCUGACAGAAGCCAGCACUAGUAGUGGACGAUUUCUUUCAUCUGUAGUUUGCCAUCUUUCGCAUCCGAUCGGGUCAGCACAUCAAUUGAUUCACGCAAUGAAGAGUUCGGGGUGUUUCAGUUUUUCAUGGUCAAGGCAACAAGAGUCGGAUGGCAUAUGACACACCGGUUUUCGUUUAGGAUGUAGAAUUAGUGUUCUAUCAAGAUAUAGUGAAAAGGGAUUAUUUGUAGAGGUGAAUGGCUCUUUGAUUUUCGAUUUGAUUACUUAUGUCCACAAUUAGUAUUUGGUUUGGCGAGAGAUCUCUCUGGACUAUACCAGUAAAACUUGUGCAAUGCUGCCUUGCUACGCUCAUUCUACUUAGAUAACCAACAACGUAGAUAGGAAGGCAAAAUGGUUUGUUCAAGUUCCUGCA